AUGCAGGCUCGCUACUCGGUGUCGGACCCCAACGCUUUAGGGGUGGUGCCCUACCUCAGCGAGCAGAACUACUACCGGGCGGCGGGCACCUACGGCGGCAUGACCGGCUCCAUGGGGGUCUACCCGGGCCACGCCGAACAGUAUGCCGCUGCCGCCGCCGCCGGCAUGGGCCGCUCCUACGGGCCUUACCACCCGCACCAGCCGACGGCGCCCAAGGACUUGGUGAAGCCGCCUUACUCGUACAUCGCGCUCAUCACCAUGGCCAUCCAGAACGCGCCCGACAAGAAGAUCACGCUCAACGGCAUCUACCAGUUCAUCAUGGACCGCUUCCCCUUCUACCGCGAGAACAAGCAGGGCUGGCAGAACUCCAUCCGCCACAACCUCUCGCUCAACGAGUGCUUCGUCAAGGUGCCCCGCGACGACAAGAAGCCCGGCAAAGGCAGCUACUGGACCCUCGACCCGGACUCCUACAACAUGUUCGAGAACGGCUCCUUCCUCCGACGCCGGCGGCGCUUCAAGAAGAAGGACGCCUCCAAGGAGAAAGACGACGCCCUCCGCGACCGGCAACCCCUCAAGGAGGCCCCCGCCAAACCCCCCGACGCGGCCAAGGAGGCCGCAGGCCACGCCAACGCCGCCGCCCCGUCGGAGAAGAAAGUCGUGGUCGUCAAGAGCGAGGCCGCCUCGCCCGAGCUGCCUAUCAUCACCAAAGUGGAGACGCUCAGCCCCGAGAGCGGAGGCGGCCGGGCGCUGCAAGACAGCCCGCGGAGCGUGGCCUCCACGCCGUCGGUCUCCACCGAGAGCUCCUUGCCCGGCGCCGGGGACCCCCACCACCCGGGCGCCCCCAACGGCCUGUCGGGCUUCAGCGUGGAGAACAUCAUGACCCUCCGGACUUCCCCGCAGGGGGAGCUGAGUCCCGCCGCCAGCCGGACCCCCCUCGGUUACGCCCAGGCCCCGCCGCCGCCCCCUUCUCUCUACAGCAGGGCCUGCAGCCAGGGGGGGCUCGGGGAGGCCGGCGGGAGCUACCAGUGCAGCAUGCGGGCUAUGAGCCUCUACGCCGGCGGCGAGCGGGCGACUGCCCACCUGUGCCUGGACGACGCGCCCGAGCAGCAGAGCAACGGCGCCGCCUCGCCCCUGCACGCCAUGAACCUCGCCUCGGGGGGCCAGCCGCAGCACCAGCAGGCCGCCCUGACCCCCGGCCACUCCCACCACCCCCACCACGCCCUGCCUCACCACCCCCAAGCCGGCGGGCAGGCCGCCGCAGCCGCCGCCGCCUCCUGGUACCUGAACGCCCCGUCGGAGCUCAGCCCGCACCUGUCGGGCCACGCCUUCGGCGGCUCCCAAGUCCAGCAGGGCUUCGCCAACGUGCGGGACAUGUUCGGUUCGCACCGGCUCGGCCUGGAGACCCCCGCGGCGCCGCUGAGCGACCCCCAGGUGAGCACAAACGCCAACUGCCAGCUCCCUUACCGCUCCGCGCCCUCCAUUUACCGCCACGCCGCCGCUCCUUAUUCCUAUGACUGCGCCAAGUAUUGAG